CAAGUACCCGAUCCCGCGACUACUAAACGCUUACCGCUCGCUCUCAAUCCACGAACAACCGCUUGGGGUAGAGAUUACUGUGUUAUCGAUUGCUCACAAAUCUGAAGCUGAAAACAAAAACGAAGAAAGCAAAAACAAAAAACCAGAGGCGAAACUGAAAUCAGAUAUUGUAUUCUUUCUUCACCGAUGAUUGGGUCUCAAAUCUUCGUCGCAGGAUUGACAUGGUUAGAAUGCAACUGAGGGUGAUAUGAAGUCUCAAUAGUUAGGUAAAUGCUUCUGCAGUGCAAGUUACCUUCAAUGAGUUUGAGCUGACAUGUAUUUUACAGCCAGUGAGGGUGCUGCUAAUGAAAUGGGGUAUGCCAUGAGUAGAUUGGAGCUAGAUUCUGAUUUCUGUGAUGCUGGCAAGGACAUCCAUGGAAAUGAUAACACUGAAAGACUCAACAAAGAAUUGAAUCAUUUAGAUCAUGAAAUUUCCCAGCUCACAAAGCUUAGAUCGGGACCUCACGAAUGUCUGAGUCAGAUUAUUCCUGGAAAGCGGGACUCACCUGUUUCGACGGUUAAGAUGCUGGCGGGUCGAGAAGGGAAUUAUUCAGGAAGGGGAAGGUUCUCAUCAGCUGAUUGUUGUCAUAUGUUAAGUAGAUAUUUGCCUGUCAAUGGUCCUUGGCUUGUGGACCAAAUGACAAGUCGAGCUUAUGUGUCGCAAUUUUCUGCUGAUGGUUCCCUGUUUGUUGCAGGGUUUCAGGGAAGCCAUAUUAGAAUAUACAAUGUGGAUAGAGGGUGGAAAGUGCAGAAGAAUAUUCUUGCAAAAAGCUUGCGAUGGACAGUCACUGAUACAUCUCUCUCCCCUGAUCAACGCCAUCUUGUUUAUGCCAGCAUGUCACCUAUUGUCCAUAUUGUUAAUAUUGGAUCUGCUGCAACAGAAUCUCUUGCAAACAUUACGGAGAUUCAUGAUGGUUUGGAUUUUUCUGCUGCUGAUGAUGAGGGUUAUUCUUUUGGAAUCUUCUCAGUGAAAUUUUCCACAGAUGGGCGAGAGCUUGUAGCUGGAAGUAGUGAUGAUUCAAUAUAUGUUUAUGAUCUUGAAGCAAAUAAGCUUUCCCUUAGAAUUUUGGCACACACGUCUGAUGUCAAUACUGUAUGCUUUGCUGAUGAAAGUGGGCAUCUUAUUUAUUCUGGGAGUGAUGAUAGUUUGUGCAAGGUUUGGGACAGACGUUGCUUCAUAUCAAAAGGGAAGCCUGCAGGAGUCCUGAUGGGACACCUAGAAGGAAUUACUUUUAUUGAUAGCCGUGGAGAUGGUCGUCAUCUCAUUUCAAAUAGUAAAGACCAGUCUAUCAAACUUUGGGACAUCCGAAAAAUGUCCUCCAAUGCUACUUGCACUCCAGGGUUCAGGAAUUAUGAAUGGGAUUAUAGAUGGAUGGAUUAUCCAACCCAGGCAAGAGAGUUGAAACACCCAUGUGAUCAAUCACUUUCCACUUAUAAAGGUCAUUCAGUCCUGCGUACUCUCAUACGCUGCUACUUCUCCCCGUCUUAUAGCACUGGUCAGAAAUACAUCUACUCUGGAUCUAGCGAUUCUUGCAUUUAUAUUUAUGAUUUGCUGACCGGAGCCCAAGUUGCAACACUGGAGCACCAUAAAUCAGUCGUAAGAGAUUGUAAUUGGCACCCUAAUUAUCCAAUCCUGGUUAGCUCUUCAUGGGAUGGAGACAUUGUCAAGUGGGAAUUCCCUGGGAAUGGAGAGCCCCCUUUGAUCAAGAAACGAAUCCGGCGGAAAUAUUUAUAGUAAACUGAAUUUCACAUACGUUGUCAGUGUUGUUCAUGGUAAAAUAUAUAAUGUUUACUUAGUGUUUACUUUACCUUACAUGAUCCAAUAAGGUGCAAUUAUCACAGUAAGCACUGUAAAUUUCUUUUUAACAAAUGCAGCUGUACAUAACAUAAGCUAUGGACUUUCAAUGUUGCACAUGCCAUUUGUUACUUUGGAAAUAUAUGCAGAAGAGUUGCGAGUC